AAAAUAAAUUGAAAAAGAGCAGAGAUAACAAAGAAAGUGCUUGCAGAUCGGAAGUAAAUUCAGUGCGUAAACAAAAUAAAUAUUAUUAUUAAUAGGUGAUCAACACUAUAAAAAAUAAUGUAAUUAAGGUGCAUUGUGCGAAACCAAAAUUUAUUUUUGUUGAGCUGUAAAUCUGCAAGAUUGAACAAAAAUUUGUGGUUUAUGUCGGGGAAAGCGAUGUGAAUUCAGAAACUCGUUGUAGUUGAGCGCAUAACAACAACUCAAUUCUUUGGAUUCUGGGGGAGAAAGUGUGAGCAAGCAUCUUAGCCACUGAUGCCGUCCGGAGAUAAGUCAUUGCCAACGGAGUAUCCUUCCUGCAGACGUCCAAAUUGAUUUGGUUUAAGUAAUCUCGCCACAUCUUGCCAAUCAACCAACGCCAUGAGCAUACGCACAAGGGCACUAGUCUUUUCAACAUUCUUCGGGAGCUGCAUCGCAAUCGGACUUCUUCUGGUCAGUUUGACCACAAACCAUUGGGUGCGCGCCUACCCGAAGCGCUUAAAUUCUACAGAUUCAAAAGGCGAUAUAAAUUUUGGUUUAUUUUAUGGCAACAAGGACCUCAACUAUGGAUUCGGUGUGCGCUCUACACCUAUAAUUGUUUACACCUUCGAUCAAAACGGACCAGAAACAAUGAACUUCUGGCUUUGGUUAAUCACAGCUUUGGGUACCGGCUUUGGUUUACUGGGCUCUGCGAUUUCAGCCAUUGCAGCCGUUUUAAAAGCCGCUUCUGCGGCAAAACGCCCUGGAACUAUGGUACUACUUUUCGCUUCAAACAUUUCAGCCGCAGGAGCACAAGUGAUCGCUUUUAUUUGCUGGCUUGUUCAAUUCUAUAAAUACUUACAGCAGAAUGUGCUUGCAGCACAGGAUAGUAAUUGGUAUAGUCAGGGUUUAGCUUUUUUGGGUUAUAGUUUUUAUUUGGUCAUUGUGUCUACAUUUGUUGUUAUACUAAAUGUUUUCAUACUGUUGCAUGCCAAACGUAGUGAACAACGCGAUCGCCAAAGACUCGAGCCACCUAGCGAGGAGAAGAAUCAAAGCGCCAUAAUGCUCUACUAAAAGAAUGCGCCAAAUACUAAGAGAAGAAAUUGUUUAGAAAAAACUAGCUGAUGCUAAUUGGCUGGCUAUAUAAUGGAUUAGAAUGCGUAAUAUUUUAUACCAUAAAGCAAAAUUUCCUAACAAAGGAUAAAAGUUAUGCAUACAUAUUUAUACAUGUAUACAAAUUUAUUUGUACAUAUGUUACAGGUAGGUUUUAUUUAAAAAAGCACUUCCAAUUUUGUGGAAAUAUCUAAAGAAUAUUAUAAAACAAUGGACUGCCUUCUACUUGAAAUUGCAUUUGUUUUUAUCUCGCGUUUCCUCGAUAUCUCUACUUACAAAUAAACUAUUUUUAAGAAGUACUUGUAUACAUAUGUAUCUGUAUUCCUACUUUAAUACAUGUACGGUUUUUUCGAAUUCAAAUAUUUUUAUAGCAAUAAAUUUUUUAAAAUGAAUUAAA